CCCACAAAGUACAACAAAGUCACAACACAGCAGCCGGAUUACACCUCUCCAAAUGAAUGUUGUAUAAAUAUCUUAGUGAUUUUUCUGCGCUGGGGAACCGCCUCUGAGGUUUUUGUUGGAGGUGUUGCGCAAUUGGCUGAGUCCAAAGCUUUAAUGGAGACUCCGCCUCAGAGCUUUGACAAGCCUGCCCCGCGCUGUCAGCCACAGUUAGACGUGUUGCUUUAAGUCCCGGUGGACGCAGUUUUGACUCUGACAAACACCAGCUCUCCAGGACUGGAGAGGACCUGCAAGCAGCUGAGAGACGACAAGACCGGGGACACUGUCCACAGAGACGCGACUGAUCCGGAGGCUGCGGAUGAAAACCAACACUGCCGGCAGAGGUUUUUUUUUCCAGUGUCACACUCGCUCUCCGGGAGAAGAGAAGAGGAGGUUUAAAGUCAGAGGAGGAGCAAACAAUAAAAAUUAAAAACAAAACCGAAAGCCAUCUACUAUAAAUGGACACAGUGCAGAUCUCGUAAAGGGACAAGUAUUUUCAGAUCUUCCCUGGAUAAUUCACCGGCCCUGCAUACGCGCGCUUACAAGAAGAGCCACAGAGAUGGAUGUGGCGGCUGAUCAGCCCCGCUGGAUGCAUCACCACGCCGUGCUGAACGGACAACACCCGGACUCCCACCACCCGGGCCUGGGCCACAACUACAUGGAGCCCACGGCGCCGCUCCUGCCUCCAGAUGAGGUGGAUGUUUUCUUUAAUCACCUGGACUCGCAGGGGAACCCGUACUACCACAACUCCGCCAGGGCCAGGGUGUCCUACAGCCAAGCGCACGCUCGUCUGACGGGGUCUCAGGUCUGCCGGCCUCAUCUUAUCCACAGCCCGGGGAUUUCGUGGCUGGACGGGGGGAAGGCAGCCCUGUCCGCUCACCACCACAACGCCUGGGCCGUGAGCCCGUUCAGCAAGCCGAGCCUGCACCACCACGGCUCCGCGUCCCCCGGCGGCCUCUCCGCCGUCUACCCGUGCGGCAGCAACUCCAACACGGUCUCCGCAUCCUCGCUAACGCCGCCGUCCCACUCCAGCCCCCAUCUGUACACGUUCCCCCCCACGCCUCCAAAGGACGUAUCUCCGGACCCGGGGGCCGCGUCUCCCUCCGCCACCAGAAUGGACGAGAAGGAAUCUAUCAAAUACCAAGUGUCGCUGGCGGAGGGGAUGAAGAUGGAGGGGUCCAGUCCGCUGAGGAGCAGCCUGGCCUCCAUGAGCGCGCAGACGCCCUCCACCCACCACCCCAUACCGACGUAUCCGACCUACUCCCUCCCGGCGGCGCACGAGUACGGCAGCAGCCUGUUCCACCCCGGCAGCCUGCUGGGAGCUUCACACAGCUUCACCCAGAAGAACAAAGGCAAGACACGCUCCUGCACCGAGGGCCGCGAGUGUGUGAACUGCGGAGCCACCUCCACGCCCCUGUGGAGACGUGACAGCACCGGACACUACCUGUGCAACGCCUGCGGGCUGUACCACAAGAUGAACGGCCAGAACAGACCGCUCAUCAAACCCAAGCGCAGGCUGUCUGCUGCCAGACGAGCAGGCACCUGUUGUGCUAACUGUCAGACGACCACCACCACGCUCUGGCGGCGCAAUGCAAAUGGGGACCCAGUGUGCAAUGCCUGCGGCCUCUACUAUAAACUGCACAACGUGAACAGACCUCUCACCAUGAAAAAGGAGGGGAUACAGACACGUAACCGAAAGAUGUCCAACAAAUCCAAAAAGAGCAAGAGGUGCAGCGACAGCUACGAGGAGUUCUCCAAAAGCCUGCACGACAAGAGCUCUCCCUUCAGUGCCGCCUCUCUGGCCGGACACAUGUCCAUGGGCCACUUGCCACCUUUCAGUCACGCUGGACACAUGCUCCCCACACCCACCCCGAUACACCCGUCCUUUGGGCACCACCACCACUCUAACAUGGUGACGGCCAUGAGCUGAGGGGUAACAUGCAGGAACGCUGUGAACCUGAGAUGAGGUUGUUACUAGAGGAGACUGUGUACAAUGUAACAGACACGCAGUUUGUGGUGUCCUCAUCUUUGAUUGUCUCUUGAUUGAUUAUGCCCACGGUAUGUUGGCAACCAGAUGUAUCGUGGGAGGAAAGGACAUUUUUUACUCCUUAUCUAUAGGUACCUAUUUUGAUGGAGGAAGAUAUUCUGCUUCCUGUCAACCAGGCACACUCAUGUAAAACGUCAUUGCACCUCAUAGUUAUCUCCCCGCUGACAGCCUGACUGAAGGCGGUGUGGUUCAGUAUGUGCCGAACAGGUUUAUGGUAACUGUGAAUAUUGUAAAUGUGUGAGAGAGAAGGGGGACGUCCCAGACGGAGCAAAUCUCCUUCACAAUGUUAAAUGAAAAAUAUGCUGGAUUUUUUUUUUCCACUCGUGGACACUUUUAAAGGAAUUUUCCAAAAAAAGAAAUAAGCAAACAAAAAAAAAAGGUUUAUGAAUCUUAAUUUGACACUGUUUAUUGUAAUUAUUGUGAUUAUAAUUAUUAUUGUUAUUCAGAUAAUUUAUUUUCACUGCCUUUGACUUCUUUUACUAUAUCACCUGAAUCAUAAUAUGGAUACUGUUAUCCCAGUUAUGAAUAUAUUUUUAGCUGAAGCGCUUUCUCUGAGCUGGUCAACAUUUAUACUCGCAAGAAAUAAAGAGAUCAAGUUCAUUAUUCCA